AUUUCCUUGAAAUAUUCUAGAAUACCUCUCAUUUUUAAAACCCUCUCCAUAGAAAAAAAGAAAAGAAAAAAAAGUUAUCGUGGAGUAAAUCGGUGGAAAGACCACGAAAGGGGGUUUGGAAAUCUCCUCUGCAGAGGUUGAACCUUGCCUUCCCUGCUAGGUGGCUUCUUUUGUUUUGUUUUUGCUUCGCUUUGCUUUUUCUUUGUGGCUUUCUCCUACUUGGCACCGAGGGAAUUUGCUGCAUUUGUCCCUCGCAGAAUCAGUCACGCCGUCCCUAGGUUCACGCUGAGGAUCUGCAAAGUUUUCCGAGCCGAAGGGAGUCACUUUCACAGCGUGUGUGGGGGUGGCGGGGAGAGAGUAGGGGUAUCAGAAGCAAUAGGGUCCCUGCCUCCAAGCCGCAGUGCUGCUCUCCUCUGCCGAGCACUUGCAGACUCUGCAAUUAACCGGGCAGGCAGUGAAUUAAAUCUUUGUAAAGCCUACCGAGCGGGGGUUCCUGCGAGCUCCUUCCCAAUCGGUCACGGGCGGCUGGGAUAACAACAGAAACAAGUAGCAAGAGCGAGAGAAAAGCGGGGAGCCCCGCCGGCCGCCUCAGGAUCGCCGAGUCCCCCCCCGCCCCCGCUCGGUGCCAGUGCUCCCGCCGGCGGCCGAUGGACAACCUCGGCGGGGCCCGGCCGCUGCGGCUGCUCCUGCUCCUGGCGCUGCUGCCACGCGCGCUCUGCGGCCAAGAUCUUUCAAUGGAAGAAUGCUGUGACAAGGGUAUUGAAUGGGCAAACAAAAACAGAAUAUGUACUUCCCUACCAUUAAUUUCCGAGUCAAGAGAAUGCAGCAUGACUCAGGUACAGUGCUGCCGCAGCAAGUUGGAGGAGCACUACUGUUCAGAUGGGAUCGAAUUUGCCAAUGUGCAUGAAGAGUGUGACUCACAUACUGGUGAAAAUUCCACCUGCAAAGCUGAAUAUUUUAAGAAAUGUUGUUACUGUUGUUUGCUGGGAAAGACUGCCCAAGUUCAAGGACAGAGUUGUGAACCCAACCUGAAGAUAGGAUACCAAUGUGGAAUCGUCUUCAGAGCUUGUUGUGUGAAGGGGCAUGAAGGCACUGAUGUGUCCAUCAGUGAUGAUGCUCCUAAAAAGGAACCAGUUGAAAUUUCAAAGGAGGAACUAGACCAAGAAGAUCCUUAUCUGCAUGAUGGCUGCAGAGGAAUAUUAAAAGCUUCUAAUAUUGAUUUAUUUCUGAAUGAGACCAGAAAAAAUGUUUUCUUCAUGAUGAACCAAAUUCUGUGUGGUGGUCCCUGCUCUCAGCAGUGCAGAGACACAGGAUCCAGUUAUGUCUGCUCCUGCUUUGUUGGGUAUCAGCUUCAACCAGAUGGUGUCAACUGUGAAGAUAUUAAUGAGUGUAUCACUGGUACACACAGCUGUGGGAUUGGACAAACUUGUGUCAAUACAUUAGGAUCCUUUCGCUGUCAGCGGGACACGAGCUGUGGAACUGGUUAUGAACUAACUGAUGACAGUCGUUGUAAAGAUAUUGACGAAUGUGAGACUGGUACUCAUAACUGCCCCCCCGAUUUUAUCUGUCAGAAUACUCCAGGAUCUUUCCGUUGCCGACCCAAGCUACAGUGCAUGAAUGGGUUUAUACAAGAUGCUCUAGGCAACUGUAUUGAUAUCAAUGAAUGCCUGAGCACCAACAUGCCAUGUCCAGCUGGGCAAAUAUGCAUUAACACUGAUGGCUCAUACACCUGCCAGCGAAUCUCACCCAGCUGUGGCCGAGGGUAUCAUCUUAAUGAAGAUGGAACAAGAUGUGUAGAUGUGGAUGAAUGCUUAUCUUCCAAUCAGCCAUGCGGCGAAGGACAUGUUUGUAUAAAUGCCCCAGGCAAUUAUCGCUGUGAGUGCAAAACUGGCUAUUCUUUUGAUGUCAUCAGUAGAACUUGUGUCGAUAUCAAUGAAUGCAGACGCUAUCCAGGCCGUCUUUGUGCUCACAAGUGUGAGAAUACUCCUGGUUCCUACUACUGCACUUGUACCAUGGGAUUCAGGCUUUCAACUGAUGGCAGGUCAUGUGAAGAUUUAAAUGAGUGUGAGAGCAGCCCCUGUAGUCAAGAGUGUGCCAAUGUGUAUGGCUCCUAUCAGUGUUACUGCCGUCGUGGCUUUCAACUUAGUGACAUAGAUGGGAUUUCAUGUGAAGAUAUUGAUGAAUGUGCUUUACCUACUGGAGGUCAUAUCUGUUCCUUUCGAUGUAUUAAUAUUCCUGGGAGCUUUCAGUGUACUUGUCCCUCCACCGGUUACAGGUUGGCACCAAAUGCACGCAACUGCCAAGAUAUUGAUGAGUGUGUUGCAGAAAUCCACAACUGCUCUUUCAAUGAGACCUGCUUUAAUAUCCAGGGGGGCUUUCGCUGUCUGUCUUUGGAAUGUCCAGAAAAUUACCGCAAAUCUGGAGAUACUGUCAGACUUGAAAAGACAGAUACUAUCCGUUGCAUUAAGUCUUGUCGACCAAACGAUGUCAACUGUGUGUUGGAUCCAGUCCACACAAUUUCCCACACUGUCAUUUCACUACCCACAUUCAGAGAAUUUACAAGACCUGAAGAGAUUAUUUUUCUUCGUGCCAUCACACCUACAUAUCCAGCCAACCAGGCAGAUAUCAUAUUUGACAUAACAGAAGGAAAUUUAAGAGAUUCCUUUGAUAUCAUCAAGCGUUACAUGGAUGGUAUGACAGUGGGUGUCGUGCGCCAGGUGCGGCCCAUUGUUGGACCUUUCCAUGCCAUCCUGAAACUGGAGAUGAACUACGUCAUGGGCGGGGUGGUAUCCCAUCGUAAUAUUGUCAAUGUUCACAUCUUUGUCUCCGAGUACUGGUUCUGAGAGAGCUUUUAAAAUCCCGGACAAGGAAGCUGCUCCAACCUAAGUCAUCACCACAAACUAUUAUGUCAUAUACUUGUUUGUAAGACCCAAUAGUGUUUUUUUGUUUGUUUGUUUGUUUUGUUUUGUUUUGUUUGUUUUUUAAUAUUUGUUUUAUAGUUUAAGACAAAUAACAAGCUAUUAUGUUGAUUAAACAUAGGGUGGGGCAAAUUAUGUGACCUGAUUUAGAUGUGUGUAUAUAUAAGUAGUUUGUAAAAGUGUUCAACUGCCUAGAUACAUUUAAAACUUUUCUAAAUGUUUAGGCAGGUCUUAACUAUUGCUCCUUGGCCUGAUAAACAAAGCAACUGAGGAUGUGGAACAAAAUACAUGUCAGAAUUCACUGGGAUGAAUAUAUGAUAUCUUUGCAUAGAAUAAGUUUGGUAAGGGCUAGUUAUUUUACCACGAUGUGUGUUACAUUAAAGGAGUUAGAUUGUCAGGAAGUGCUGAAUAUUCACUUUUAGGCUCCAGUAGGAUAACUCUGAAUAGGCAUCCAUAAUUACUAAUCACUUCUGAAAAGUUUAGCAUUGAUAUUUAAAAAGAGUCAUCCAGCUAUGGCUACAAGAGGAAGUACAAAAGAAAUCAGAAAUAGGAGGAGACAAACAAGCUGUUGCACCUGUUAAAAAUUACUCAUUUUUUGUACUUGUUAUUUAAAUUUAAAAUUAUGUUUGAUUCUAAUUAAACAAAUACCUCUCUCUGAAA